AUGACUACCGCAGCUACCGCCCCGCAGGUAUCGUGCCGCCUGCCUCAGGCCGUAGUCGUCUCUAACGUUACCCAGGAUAACACCAACGGCGUGUCUGCGUCCGGUGCGCCCGUUCCGGUCGGAUGGUCCGCCGACAUCGUCCUCUACGACACCGUGCGCGAGAUGCUCGCCGAGUCGACCGGGCUGGCGGUCGACAGCGUCGAGCUCGUCGAGCUCGCCGGCCCCCGCUAUGUCUUCCGCUCUGGCGAGGACCACUAUAUUUACAACAGUAUCAGCCAGGACGGGGCGCGCAUCACGACCUCGCACGGCAGAGAUGCAGUGUUCAAGGAGCUGGCGGAGGACUUUGACGGGAUACGGUAUGAAGUGCUGGAGGUGUCGAACGACGGCGACCUUGAGCGUUGA